UGCUCCUCGGGUGCAGCAGGCGCUCGCCUUCCCUCAGUCCCGCCACCCGAGCAGGGCGCGCAGCAUCCCAGAGUGUCCCAGAGUCCGCGCCCCGACGCGCCGCGCCCGGAGCGUCUGUCGAGACCGCCGCGCUCCGAGCGGGCAUGGGGCAGCCGGGCUGAGCGCCGCACCCCACCGCUGAGCCGCCGGCCAGAGCCGCCAUCCCUCCAGCCGCGGCCCCGGCGCGCGCGGACAGAUGGCGAAGGCGACGUCUGGUACCGCGGGGCUGCGGCUGUUGCUUCUGCUGCCGCUGCUCGGCGAAGCCCCGCUGGGCCUCUACUUCUCGAGGGAUGUUUACUGGGAGAAGCUGUACGUGGACCAGCCAGCCGGCAUGCCCCUACUCUAUGUCCACGCCCUUCAGGACACCCCUGGGGAGGUGCCCAGCUUCCGGCUGCGCCCAUACUUCUACGGCGUCUCCCGCCACCGGCUGCAAAAGAAUGACUGGAUCCGCAUCCAAGAGGACACUGGCCUUCUCUACCUUAACCGGAGCCUAGACCACAGCUCCUGGGAGAAGCUCAGCCACCUCAACGGUGGCUACCCCCUGCUCACCAUCCACCUCCAGGUCUUGCUGUCCCCCACAUCCCUGCGAGAGGGCGAGUGCCAGUGGCCAGGCUGUGUCCGCGUGUACUUCUCCUUCAUCAAUGCCUCCUUCCCAGCUUGUAGCUCCCUGAAACCCCAGGAGCUCUGCUUCCCAGAGACAGACCUGUCUUUCCGUAUUCGAGAGAACAGGCCCCCCGGCACCUUCCACCAGUUUCGCCUGUUGCCUGUACAGUUCCUCUGUCCCAACGUCAGUAUGACCUACAGGCUUCUGGGAGGUGAGAAUCUGCCCUUCCGCUGCGCCCCGGACAGCCUGGAGGUGAGCACGAGCUGGCCCCUGGACCGCGAACUACGGGACAAGUAUGAGCUGGUGGCCGAAUGUACUGUGCACUCCGGCACGCGCGAGGCGAAGGUGAUGGUGCCCUUCCCGGUAACCGUGUACGACGAGGACGACUCGCCGCCCACCUUCCCCGGGGGCGUGGACACCGCCAGCGCCAUAGUGGAGUUCAAGCGGAAGGAGGGCACCGUGGUAGCCACACUGCGUGUCUUUGACAAAGAUGUUGUGCCAGCAUCUGGGGAGCUGGUGAAGCGGUACACAAGCACCAUGCUCCCUGGGGACGACUGGGCCCUGCAGGCCUUCCGCGUGGAGCACUGGCCCAACGAGACCCAGGUCCAGGCCAACGGCAGCUUUGUGCGGGCAACCAUGCAUGACUACAGGCUGGUUCUCAACCGGAGCCUCCCCAUCUCAGAGAGCCGGGUCCUGCAGCUUGCUGUGCUGGUCAAUGACUCAGAUUUCCAGGGCCCUGGGUCAGGCAUCCUCCUCUUUCACUUCAAUGUGUCUGUGCUGCCCAUCAGCCUGCGCCUGCCCAGUGCCUAUGCCUUCUCCGUGAGCAGGAGGGCCCACCGUUUUGCCCAGAUCGGAAGAGUCUGUGUGGAAAACUGCCAGGAGCUCAGCGGUGUUCGUAUCCAGUACAGGCUGCAGCCCUCCGGUGCCAACUGCAGUGCCUUGGGGGUGGUCACCUCAGCCAAGGACACCUCAGGGACACUGUUUGUGAAUGACACAGAGGCCCUGCAGCAGCCAGCAUGUGCUGAGUUCCAGUACACAGUGGUGGCCACUGAUCAGGACACCCGCAGGCAGGCCCAGGCCCAGCUACUCAUCACAGUGGAGGGGUCGUAUGUGGCCGAGAAGGAGGGCUGCCUCCUGUCCUGUGCAGUCAGCAAGAGGCAGUCUGAGUGCGAGGAGUGUGGUGGCCUGGGCUCACCGACAGGCAGGUGUGAGUGGAGGCAGGGAGAUGGCAAAGGGAUCACCAGGAACUUCUCCACCUGCUCCCCCAGCACCAAAACCUGCCCGGAUGGCCACUGUGAUGCGGUGGAGAGCCGCAACGCCCACAUCUGCCCCCAGGAUUGCCUCCGGGGCAGCAUUGUUGGGGGUCAUGAGCCGGGGGAGCGGCAGGGGAUUAAGGCCGGCCAUGGCAUCUGCUACUGCUUCCCUGAGGAAAAGAAGUGCUUUUGUGAGCCAGAAGACAACGAGGACUCGCUAUGCGACGAGCUGUGCCGCACGGUGAUUGCGGCAGCUGUCCUCUUCUCCUUCAUCGUCUCGGUGCUGCUGUCCACCUUCUGCAUCCACCGCUACCACAAGAAUGCACAUAAGCCACCCAUCCCCUCAGCUGAGAUGACCUUCCGCCGGCCUGCCCAGGCCUUCCCCGUCAGCUACUCCUCGUCCGGCGUGCGCCGGCCCUCGCUUGACUCCAUGGAGAACCAGGUCUCCGUGGAUGCCUUCAAGAUCCCGGAGGAUCCAAAGUGGGAAUUCCCUCGGAAGAACUUGGUUCUUGGGAAAACUCUGGGAGAAGGUGAAUUUGGAAAAGUGGUCAAGGCAACAGCUUUCCGUCUGAAGGGCAGAGCAGGGUACACCACUGUGGCUGUGAAGAUGCUAAAAGAGAAUGCCUCCCCGAGUGAGCUGCGGGACCUGCUGUCAGAGUUCAACCUCUUGAAGCAGGUCAACCACCCACAUGUCAUCAAGCUGUAUGGGGCCUGCAGCCAAGAUGGGCCGCUGCUCCUCAUCGUGGAGUAUGCCAAGUACGGCUCCCUGCGCGGUUUCCUGCGCGAGAGCCGCAAGGUGGGCCCCGGCUACGUGGGCAGCGGAGGCAGCUGCAACUCCAGCUCCCUGGACAACCCAGAUGAGCGGGCCCUAACAAUGGGCGACCUCAUCUCGUUCGCCUGGCAGAUCUCGCGGGGGAUGCAGUACCUGGCAGAAAUGAAGCUUGUCCAUCGGGACUUGGCUGCCAGAAACAUCCUUGUAGCCGAGGGAAGAAAAAUGAAGAUUUCGGAUUUUGGGCUGUCGCGAGAUGUUUAUGAAGAGGACUCCUACGUAAAGAGGAGCAAGGGUCGGAUUCCAGUCAAAUGGAUGGCAAUUGAGUCCCUUUUUGAUCAUAUCUACACCACCCAAAGUGAUGUUUGGUCCUUUGGAGUCCUGCUAUGGGAGAUUGUGACCCUGGGAGGCAACCCCUACCCUGGGAUUCCUCCUGAGCGGCUCUUCAACCUUCUGAAGACUGGCCAUCGCAUGGAGAGGCCUGACAACUGCAGUGAGGAGAUGUACCGCCUGAUGCUGCAGUGCUGGAAGCAGGAACCAGACAAGAGGCCUGUGUUUGCCGACAUCAGCAAAGACCUGGAGAAGAUGAUGGUAAAGAGCAGAGACUACUUGGAUCUUGCCGCGUCCACCCCAUCCGACUCCCUGCUUUAUGACGACGGCCUGUCGGAAGAGGAGACACCCCUGGUGGACUGUAAUAGUGCUCCCCUCCCUCGAGCCCUCCCUUCCACAUGGAUUGAAAACAAACUCUAUGGCAUGUCAGACCCGAACUGGCCUGGAGAGAGUCCUGUACCACUCACGAGAGCCGAUGGCACUAACACUGGGUUUCCGAGAUAUGCAAAUGAUAGUGUAUAUGCUAACUGGAUGGUUUCACCCUCAGCGGCAAAAUUAAUGGACACGUUUGAUAGUUAACAUUUCUUUGUGAAAGGUAAUGGACUCAAAAGGGGAAGAAACAUGCCAAGAAUGGAAAGUCCACCAGCCCUUUCUUUGUGCACAUCACACUGGCCCAGCCCAAGUUCAGCUCCCAGGUGGCAGACUCGUUUUUGGUAGUUUAACUGCUGUCCAAAGUGGUUUUAUUUCAGACAGCUAAGUGAUUUUCCCGCCUAGCAGGUGUGCCACGCUAGGUAAGAGUUCUGAGUCUUAGUGGUUAAGUAUUCCUUUCUCUUCUUCACCCAGCAGUACCCAGUGUUGAUCUGUGUCCAUCAGUGACCGCCAUAGUUCAAGUGUGUGGAUCCACCACUCACUGCCUUGCGUAGGAAAUUGUAGCUGACCUUGUUUGAUUUUCUAAUCACCACCAAACAAGGCAACAAGAUCUAAACAUGAAGCACAUGCACAUAAAAGGCAGUAGGGAAAAAAAUUGGCCAAAAUGACCUGUCCUUGUUCAAAACAGAGCCCGUUGGGGUGGGGCUUGGGGGUGGUCUCAAAGCCCCAUCAGGGCUAGAGGGAAACGGGAUGGGCUUCGGCUCAGCAUUCAAGAUCCUGAGAAUGGUUUUUUUAAAAUCACGUAACCUUUUCUUAGGAAGACAUUUGGUUUUUAUCAUGAUUAAGAUGAUUCUUAGAUUUAGCACAAUGGAGAGAUUCGAUGCCAUAUUUACUAUGUAGAUGGUGGCAUGAGGGAAAAGGGCUACCAGACACAUUUGUCCGCACUGGGCCCACCACAUCAGCCUCAUGUAUUCAGUACUGAGUGACUACUACCCCCUGACCAGAACAGUAUGAAGAAAGGGGGCUUCUGGAGUGGAAUGGCCCCCAGUCCCAGGAUUACUGACAGCAGAAGCUUUGCUGCUAUGUAUCCCAUCUGCCACCAACCUUCAUCGUACUGCAGCUAGCAGAGCUGAGAGCAGCAGCUCAUCUUACACGGUAGGAGUAGGUGGGGUCUGUGCUCACAUUCACUGGAACCUUACCAACUGAUAAAGGGACAGUUUAGCUAGCUGCGUUAGAAGUAGCACUGAGAAUGACCAAGGACUGCUGCAUACUCCCAUCACAAUUCUGAUGUGGAAAGAUGAUGUUUUGGUUCUCACAGAGCUUGUGUGAAAAGGCACAUGUAUCAGCUCUUCCUGCCUCUGCGAUUUAAUGCUGCUCUAGCAAGACAUUUUCAUUGCUUAGAUUGUGACUAUGACUCAUAAGUUUAUUGUCAUUCUUCACAGCUUGUUUGUGGCCACAGACACUGACCACUCCUCUUGCCUUUUGGGAAGUCCCAGCAGCUCUUCUGGCUGUCUCUGCAAUUGGCAGAAAAGGGUCAGAUUACCAAACGCUGCCUGGUCCUCAGACUGAAAGCACUGUGAUAGGACUUAAAAUAGUCCCGUUAAAAUACUGUACUUCAUAGGCACUUCACAAAAACAGUAAAAUCGUGUCAUUUUGUGUGGCCAGGAAGGCUCAGAUGAGUGUAUGAUGGAGCCUUAUUAUGUAGUGUGCAUAUGUACACACAUCCAGCAAGGCAGCUGGGGAAAUGCUUCCUGGACAUGUGACAUGGCUUUAGUUUGGGCCAUUGUUCAGAUACACUGUGAUAAAGUUCUAUAGACACAUAUAGGCGUGGUAAGCUUUUGAUUUUCAGAUGUGUUUAAUCAUAGUGUUAUUAAAUGCAGAAAUAAGGAUAAACUCUCUCAAAUUAUUAGAAAAGCCUACGCAGUAAGUAUAAAUUGCUGCAGUGGAUUUGUUCGCAGCUGGAUAAGAACUCCAGGUCUAAAUAGUGACCCAGUGUUGAGGAAUUAACCUUUAACUAAUAACCUAAUUGUCUAUUCCUGAGUUAUAAAAGUACCCAUAAUUAUUAGUCUUACCAGGCAGAAUUUGCGUAGACAAGUAUGCAGAAGUUACUAAAUAUUAAGUAUUACUGAGUAUCCAGUAGCAAUCUGUCAGUACAAUUUGUAAAAUCUAUUUAUGACAGGUUAUUAAGUCAUACCAUGUUAAUUUUUUUGUAAUCAAGGUGACUUAAAAUAAUUUCAGUUGUACAAAUAAAAGUAUAUAUCAUAAAAUGUGUAAACUUUUUUUCUUUUUAACUUCCUAAUUGGAAACAUCAGAUUUCUGAUUUCGAAGUUGCCAUUCAAGACUUAAAAGGUCACAGGGAAUCUAUCAAUCAUGACAACCUCUGGGAGAUCAGUGUGAGGACUGGGGAUUCUGGUCAUGUUUCUGGCUCAUGAAUAGGCAUAUUGAUAGGACAAGUAGUACCCAAAUCACACAUAUCCGAUGUACAUAUAACUCACACUUAUGAACGGAAACUAUCCCAGUAAGGCCUGGAGUUAGAAACAUCUGACGGAUGUACAACUCACAUUUACAAAGGGAGGCUAUUACAGAUAAUAGGUAAAUGUACCUGUUCCAACUUACAUACAAAUUCAACUUAAACUUACAGAACCUAUCUUAUCUGCAAUCUGUAACCUAUAACUUAAAAACCCAGCUAACUAGGGCAGUGCCUGUGGCUCAAAGUGGUAGGGCGCUGGUCCCAUAUGCCGGAGGUGGUGGAUUCAAGCCCAGCUCUGGCCAAAAACCACCAAAAAAAAAAACAAAAAACCCAGCUAACUGUUAAGGGAGUCCUGCCAUCAGGUGUCCUUCCCUAGAAUAAAAGAGCAGCCAACAUCGAUCUAGGUCUUUGCAGUGUUCUAGCAGUUUCCUGGCUGCUGGUUUCCAGCAGCUGGCGUUGGAGUUGCAGGAGAGAGAAUG